AUUAGGUUUAUAAAAUCUUAAAGAAGAUUAUAUAAAAAUGUAAGAUAAUAUAAAUGCAUAUUUGAAAAAAAAAACUAAAGCAGAGAAAGACAAACAAAAAGUGCAACUAGGACAAAUAUGGAUUCAUCAUCAUCAAUGCACUGAGAAGUAUAGGAAACCAACCAAGUUGUUCCACCUUUGCUUCUUGGCCGUUACAAAAACUUUUCUCCAGUAAAAUCUCUUCCUCUAGCUGCAGCCUCUCACGCAAACCAUGCUUAAUCCUCCACGCAACCGCAUAAUCAUUUCUCACCUACCAAUUCUCUAUGCAACUCUAAAUACCUGGCCACAAAUUAGCUGAAACCUCUUUAAGUUCUUUACCUGUGUUGUUUAUUUGCUUCACUUACUAACUUCCCUCUGUCCAAAUUAUCCUCUUUGUAUACGCAAAAAAAUGUCAAAAACAUUAAAGUUAGAGUCAUCUGAUUCAGAAGUACUCUGUGAAGGAUGUUCUUCAAAGACUUCUGGAUUGAAAGUCUCUGAUGGGUGUACAUCAAAAACCUUGAUGCAAAGCAUUGUUCAUGAGCUCAAGCUUCAAAUGAGAAUUGGUUUACCAUUGGUGGUUAUGAACCUGUUGUGGUUCGGUAAGAUAACCACUACAUCUAUCUUUCUUGGUCAUCAAGGUAAGGUUAACCUAGCUGGAGGUUCAUUAGGCUUUUCCUUUGCAAACGUUACUGGAUUUGCUGUUUUAUACGGAAUUUCAGCAGCAAUGGAACCUAUUUGUGGCCAAGCUUUCGGAGCCAAGAAUUUCAAGCUUCUCCAUAAAACCCUUUUAAUGGUAGUGCUCUUGCUUCUCUUGAUCUCUAUCCCUAUAUCUCUCUUGUGGCUCAAUGUUCACAAGAUCCUUAUUUCCUUUGGUCUGAAAGAAGAAAUCUCCUUCAUAGCCAAGAGAUAUCUCAUCUACCUCCUUCCUGAUCUACCAGUACUCUCUUUUCUUUGUCCCCUUAAGGCUUAUCUAAGCUCACAAGGCGUUACACUCCCCAUCAUGUACACCACAGCUGCAGCCACUUCUCUUCAUAUCCCAAUCAACAUCUUCCUCUCUAGAGCAAAGGGAAUACAAGGAGUCGCAAUGGCGGUUUGGGUAACCGAUCUUAUCGUCGUGAUUCUUUUAACCGGUUAUGUGAUAGUCGCUGAGGGAUUGAAAGAGAACAAGUGGAAAGAAGUUGGGUGGUUAGACCAAGAUUCCCAAGACUGGCUCAAGCUACUCAAGCUUAGUGGACCAUGUUGUCUCACCGUGUGCCUUGAGUGGUGGUGCUACGAGAUCUUGGUCUUAUUAGCCGGGAGGUUACCAAACCCGGUGGAAUCAGUAUCGGCCUUGAUCAUAGUUUUCAACUUCGAAUACUUGCUUUACGCUGUGAUGCUCUCUUUAGGCACGUGCGUGGCUACAAGAGUGUCUAAUGAGCUCGGAGCAAAUAAUCCCAAAGGAGCUUAUAGAGCAGCUUACACUACACUAGCUGUGGGUGUUGUCUCGGGAUGCGUUGGAGGUUUAGUGAUGGUAGCAUGUAGAGGUGUUUGGGGGUCUUUGUACGCUCACCAUGACCUGAUGAUCAUAAACAGUGUGAAGAAGUUGAUGUUGAUAAUGGCGGUCGUUGAAGUUGUAUGCUACCCGAUGUUCGUUUGUGGAGAGAUUGUUCGUGGGACAGCAAAGCCGUCGCUUGGAAUGUAUGCGAAUCUUGGUGGGUUCUACCUAUUGGCUUUGCCCUUGGGGAUGAGUUUGGCGUUUAGAGCUAAACUAGGGGUUGAAGGGUUCUUGAUAGGUUUUUUGGUUGGAGCUUUUGUCUGUCUCUUGACGUUGCUUAUCUUUAUUGCAAGGAUUGAUUGGGAAAAAGAGGCGGGUAAAGCACAGAUUCUGACGUGUAACACAGAGGAAGAAGAGAGCCCACAAGAUAGGAUCUCAUAACAAACGUGAGAGAAGUAGCAUGAUGUCUUACAGAUGUUAUAAUAAGUUCAAGCGUCAAGGAGACACUAUUACAUGUUUCUUCUUGGUAGAGAUCUAGUUUCGAGCAAUUGUAUAUGUAAACUAUAUAUGAAUGUAAGGAUUUCAUCUGAGAAGCAAAAAGUUAAGUCGACUAAAGGACAAGAAACACGCCCACCGUGGGGCUCGAACCCACGACCACAAGGUUAAGAGCCUUCAGCUCUACCAACUGAGAUAGACGGGCUUUGUUGUUGGUAAUGCAUGUAACUGUAGUUUUCAAUAAACCAAUCUAAAGCACCUUCACAGCUCACGAUUGCUUUUCCAGAGGAAUAUUUUUUUUUUGUCA